AUGGCCUCUAUCUCUUUUCCGGGUGGUUCUGGUCUCUCCCUGGGACUCAAUGGAUACUGGGGUCAACUUGGAUCCGAUUCACUCAAGUCCUACUGUGAUUCCGCCCCUGAGUACGUUACUCUGUCUUUCGUGAACCAGGCACCCGAAAAUACAGAGUCAGGCUAUCCUGGUACCAACUUUGCCGGACACUGUGCGGCUGGUGUCUACAGUAACAAAAACGGAGUUGCCUCAUCACUCCUCAGUGAAUGCUACACUAUCAAGGAGGGCAUUCCAUACUGCCAGGAGCGUGGAGUUAAGGUUCUUCUGAGCAUUGGUGGAGUCUACAACGAAGCUGGAAGCAACUACAAGGUGACCACUGAUGAUAAGGGAGUUGAUUUCGCCGACUUCCUGUACAAGGCAUUCGGUCCUUACGAUCAAACCUGGGAUGGUCCUCGUCCUUUCGAUAGUGACGAUGGCACAACCCGUCCUGCUGUCGAUGGUUUCGACUUUGAUAUCGAGCAUGACCUCCCCAACGGCCCCUAUAUCGCCAUGAUCAACGAGCUUCGCCGAUUAAACAGCGAUGUCAUCAUUACCGGCGCCCCCCAGUGCCCUACCAGCAACGAAUAUUUCUACAUGAAAGACAUGAUCAACCAGGCCAAGUUCGACGCCCUCUUCAUUCAGUUCUACAACAACCCUAGCUGUGAUGCCAUCCCCGACCCCUCCGUUUCAUGGGAUAGAUUCAAUUACGAUGACUGGGAGGAUAUUGUCGAAGACAGUGCAUGCAGUCAGAACGCCAAGCUCUAUGUUGGUCUGCCUGCUAGCGAGGCUGCUGCUCCAGGCGGAGGUUAUCUCGAGCCGGAAGCCAUGAAGGAUCUCGUCUGUGCUCUCAAGGACAAGACUCACUUCGCUGGUAUCUCUCUCUGGGACUUGACUCGUGGCGCCGGUAACGAAAUUGACGGAAAGAACUAUAAUGAGCAUGUCAUGGAUGCCCUGAAGUAUGGUUGUGACCCUGUUCCUGUUACAACCACCACUGCCUUGGCCACUACUUCUGAGGCUACUUCUACUGCCGAAUCGACGACAACAGCUGACACAACUACUGCCGAUGUCUCUACCACUACUGGUGCAACAACCACAUCCGAUGCUUCUUCAUCUGAUAUUUCCUCCACUGAUGCUUCUUCAACGGGCGCUUCUUCCACGGAAACUGCCACAACCAGUGGGUUGGCGACUGCAGAUACUACCACAGCCUCUGGUGUUUCUUCCAUUGAGGAUCCUACAGCCAGCUCUGAUACCUCCGCAGCUACUGAUGGCACAUCAACACUGGCUACCUCUGCUACAUCUGAUGCUUCUUUAGCAACCGAGACAACCGAUAGCUCUGCCACAAAUGUUUCUGGUUCUAUGACUGGCACCACCGCUUCUGAAACAUCUGCAACUGCCACUGAUUCUUCAGCUGACACCACUGAGACCUCUGCACUUGGUAGUGUCUUGAGUACCGGUACUGCGUCUACCACAGUCGAUGCCACAGCUACUAGUGACUCGUCUGCCAUCACUGAGGAUGCCGCCACCGCGACCAGUGAUUCCACUCUCGAGAGUAACACAAUCACCGGAACUGUCAAGACAACAGAUUCUGCUCAGGAAACUGAGUCUGCCACUGCUGAGACUACUUUUAGCACCUUCAAGGGCUGGAACACCACCUAUGGUGCUCCCUCUUAUACUCAGAAGUAUGGCAACCCUACGACCCUUAUCCCCUCUGGCACUACAACUCUUACCAAGGGAUCGCCUGUUUACACCAAGUACCCUGACAACACUUAUACUGUCAGCAUGACCACCAGCACUGUCUGCACAACCCGAGUCCACACUGCGGUGGAUGGUUACGUGGUCACCGAGACCAUCCCUCUGUACACCACUGUCUGCCCCGUUACUGGUAAGGCCAAGCCCACCAACUACGCUGUGCCCUCUCAGUACGAGACCAAGACUGUCUACACCACAAGUGUCCACACCGUCACCAGUUGUCCUCCUGAAGUUGUGGGCUGCCCCUAUGGAUCUGUUGCCACUGAGACCAUCCCUGUCUACACCACUAUCUGCCCUGUGACAGAGAAGAGCAAGCCUGCUCCCACUAAUGUCCCUUACAACCAUGAGAUCAAGACUCUCUACACAAGCCAGGUCAAUACCAUCAGCCACUGUGCUCCCGGUACUCCCGACUGUGUCGUCGGCGCCAUCACCACGGAGAUCGCUUCGUGGACCACAGCUACUGUGCCUGCGCAGCAAACUCAGCCCAUGAAGAUCUACAAGCCUGUGCCUGAGAUGCCCAAGAUCGCCACUAAGGAGGCUCAUUACAACGGCACGGUCUACACCAGCGUUGCUGUCCCUCCUGUCACGCUCAAGACAGCUGCUAAGCCCGGAGUUUUCGAGCAGUCUAAGCCCACGCAUCAGCAGUCCUCCGGUGCUGCCGCACCUACCGGUGGCUACUCAUCAGUACCGGCGUCGGCCCCAACCUAUGCUCCGGCUCCGAUCACUCCCGCUACUGCCGGAGCCUCUUCUCUCGCGGUUGGUUUGACCUUAAUGGCGGGCAUGGUGCUCUUCCAGGCGCUUGCGCUGUAG